UAUAAACAACCAUGUCUGACGAUCCAUUGGGUAUAAAUAAUCUAUUAGCUAAUGAUCCUGAUCUAUGUGGAAAUAAUUUUAAUUUACAAUUAGAUAUGUUUUAUAAUGAAAAUAUUCUUUAUCCAACAAAUCCAGAAGACGAUGGUAAUUCAUUGGGAACAGAAAUUCGAACUGUGGAAACAGAAUUCCAAAACAAUGAAUUUUACGUAGAACUAGAAAUAAUAACUCAGCCUCAGCCAUUUCGACAUUUUCGUUAUAUGUCUGAAUUCAAGAGUGGUUCGCUAUCAGGUGAAAAAAAAGUUCCUAUCACUGUCAAGGUGAAUAAUUAUGUUGAUGGUUGCUUUAUAAGAUGCAGUUUAGUUGAUUUUAAGACCAGAGUAAACCAUCCCUAUUGUUUAGUGGAAAAAAGGAAAGGUGAAAAAAUUAUUCACGAUCAGACUUAUUAUGAGGUUCCAGUUGAUCCAAAAGAACACACUGCUAAAUUAGAAAAUAUAGAAAUCAUUGUCAGCAAAGACAAAAAUAAGCAUGCUGAGAUCAUCAUGAAAAAAGAUAAGAGAGAUGGAAAUGAGAACACACCCCAAUUGGAGAAAAUAAAUGAAAACUUAGAAAAUAUUGAUCUCAACGUUGUUGCUCUAUGUUUUCAAGCAUUUUGCAAAACUGCUGAAAAAAAUGUUCUUGUAAGUCAGAAAAUUUAUUCAAAUGCAAUAAGAAAUUCCCAUAACUCAAGUACGGCAAAGCUUGAAAUUGCAGUAUAUAGAGUAUUCAAAGAUAAAUAUUACGAUGAAGUUUGGAUCGUUUUGAAAAAAAAAAUUAAUAUAGAUAAACUAGAAAUUAAAUUCUACGAGGAUGAUUCAUUGUUAAAUUGGCAAGUAGAGAAGAGGUAUUUACAUCAAGCUGUUAUUAUAAUAUGGAUCCCAUCAGACUGUGUGAAAAAGGUUAAGGGGGAAAUGAAAAUUGAGUUACACAGGACUACUGAUAAAGAAUCUGCUUUUAUUUCCUGUUAUACUUCUAGGUGUUCACAGAAUAAUUUUCAACUUGGAAAUACUACAUUAAAUACUGCAAAUAAUUAUGCUAUCAGUGAGUGGACAAUGGAAACUGAUGGCUUAGAUGAAAAUGAUUCGUUUAAUUCUUUUAAUGAAAAAUCUUUGUUUGAAGCUUUAAUAUUUGAUAAAUUUGAAAAGGCCAAAGAAAUAAUAACUAGAAUGCUAGAUGAUAAAUUGAUACAUCAUAGUGACUCUCAGAGUAAUAUGAAAGAGAAAACAUUACAUCUUGCUAUUUCGAAAAAUCAACCAAAAAUAGUCAAAAAACUUCUUGAUAUGGGGAUUGAUCCAAAUAUGGUCGAUGAAAAUGAAAAUACUGCUUUGCAUUUGGCUAUUGAAGGUAAUAAAUGUACAAAUUUAAUUAUUUUAGGAAAUAGACAUUAUUAUAAAACUGUUCUUUCAUUACUAAACUGUUUGAUAGCUUCAGCUUACGACUGCAUCAAAGAGUUACUGAAGUAUAAAGAUAAAAUCAAUUUUCAUAUUUAUAAUGAAUAUGGUUACAUGCCAUUACACUUGGCAAUAAAAAGAAAUUCUUUGAAGAUUGUUAAAUCUUUGGUAGAAGCUGGAGCUAAAAUAAAUUCAACAAAUAGAUCCAAUGGAAAAACAUGCCUUGAAAUGGCCCAACAUUACAAACAACGCAGUAUAAUAAAGUAUUUGCAGCACGAAGCCAAGGAAGAUCUGAGUAUGGAUUAUGAUGAUGCUAAAGAUAUGACUCCUGUUGAUCUUGGACCAUCGCAAGGUUCUAAAUACUCAGAAGUGUUUGAUAUAUUGAAAACUGAUGCAAAUAUGCCAAUGUAUUGUUGCAACUCACUCAAAAAUAAUCUGGAAAAAGCUAGAAUUGACCAAAAGGAUCAUCUGAAAUUUUCAAGAAAAAAAAUAAGCUUUCUUCGUUAUACAUGUAUUUUUUUAAUGACUUUUAUACCAAUUAUUAUAGUAUGUUAUAUUUUUUGUAAUUACCUGUCAUAAAAUUGUGACGUUUUUAAAGUUUAAG